AUUAUUAUAUCCAAAUUGCCAUGUUGCCGUAAUUUUUCAUAGAAUUGAACCCAUCACUCAAAAAUUUUGAAAAGACACUCUAAAUAAAAAAAAAAAAACAAGUCAGGCUACCUAGCUUCUGAUCGAAGUGAAAAGGAAAAAGGAAGCUCUCCUUUCUUCCUCUCUCUUUCUCUUGUCUCCACGAUAAAAUCCUAUCCAUUUCUUUCAUUCCCCUUUCCCUCUCCAAUGCAAAAACCGCCAAGCCUUCGUCUCUCUGUUUUCCUUCGAUUCUAUCUCUCUUUCUUUCUGCUAGGUUUAGUGAGUUAGGAGGGUUUUCACUGUGAGUGUUAUUGUUUGAUGGGACAACAAUCGCUGAUCUACGCCUUCGUGGCGCGAGGCACGGUGGUGUUAGCCGACUACACCGAAUUCACAGGCAACUUCACCAGCAUAGCUUCUCAGUGUCUCCAGAAACAUCCUGCUUCUUCCAGCAACAAGUUCACUUACAACUGCGAUGGCCACACCUUUAACUAUCUCGUCGAUAACGGCUUCACUUACUGUGUGGUUGCCAUUGAGUCUGUUGGCCGACAGGUUCCAAUUGCCUUUCUUGAGAGAAUUAAGGAGGAUUUUACCAAGAGAUAUGGUGGAGGAAAAGCUGCAACUGCUCCUGCAAACAACCUGAGCAAGGAGUUUGGGCCAAAAUUGAAGGAGCAUAUGCAGUAUUGCAUUGAUCAUCCAGAAGAGAUUAGUAAGAUUGCCAAAGUGAAAGCUCAAGUUUCAGAAGUCAAAGGAGUUAUGAUGGAAAACAUUGAGAAGGUUCUGGAUCGUGGCGAGAAAAUUGAGCUUCUGGUGGAUAAAACAGAAAAUCUUCGCUCUCAGUGCCGGUAUUUAUUUUAUGGGCACCAUAGGCACAAGAUUUCAGGCAGCAAGGAACCCAGAUGAGAAGAAAGAUGUGGUUUCAGAAUAUGAAGAUAAAGCUGAUAGUUCUUGGAAUCCUGAUCGCCUUGAUUCUCAUCAUCGUACUGUCCGUUUGUGGUGGCUUCAAAUGU